GUUUCAGUCAAGAAGAACUCCUGAAAAUAUGGAAAGGACUCUUCUACUGCAUGUGGGUGCAGGACGAGCCCCUUCUGCAGGAGGAGCUAGCGAACACUGUUUCCCAACUCAUCCAUGACGUUAACAACUCAGAGGCUCAACACCUCUUCAUUCAAACCUUUUGGCAAACUAUGAAUCGAGAGUGGAAGGGGAUAGACAAGCUGCACCUAGACAAAUACUACAUGCUGAUCCGCAUGGUCCUGAGGCAGUCCUUUGAAGUUCUAAAGCGGAAUGGCUGGGAAGAAAGCCGAAUCAAGCUUUUUCUGGAUGUCUUGAUGAAGGAAAUCCUGUGUCCAGAGAGCCAGUCCCCUGAUGGAGUGAGGUUCCACUUCAUUGACAUUUAUCUGGAUGAGCUGUCCACAGUGGGAGGGAAAGAGCUUUUGGCAGAUCAGAACCUGAAGUUUAUUGACCCAUUCUGCAAAGUCGCUGCCAAGACUAAAGACCACACCCUAGUACAGACGAUCGCAAGGUGUGUGUUUGAAGUCAUUGUACAGCAGUCUCCUUUCAUACCUGAAGAGACUGGGGAGGACCAGGAAACAGAAGUGAGUAGCAAUGACUCCUCUGGAAAAGCAAGUCCUACAAAUGAGACCACAUGGAGAAAAGCGAGUAGUAGAAGUAAGACCGCACUGGACAAUUGCCUCCCCAAGAAAGAAGGAGAUGACGGCACCGCCCCCGUGGACCCAGGGCGGCCCCUGCAGUUUGACUAUAAGGCUGUUGCUGAUCGACUCCUGGAAAUAACCAGCAGAAAAAACACCCCUCCUUUCAACCGGAAGCAUCUCUGCAAACUAAUCAAGAAAUUCCAAGAACUCUCUGAAGCAGGCAAUGUAGCUCAACUCAGUUUUGCUGAGGACAUUGCUGGUGAAGGUCAAGGACUCAGUCAAGGAAAGCGGAAGAAAAAAAGAAAGAAACUUUUAGAGAAAGCCAGCUUGGAACAGGAGAAAGAAAGCCAGGAAGAGGACAAUGAAGGCAGCACUCAGAAGAGAAGAAGAAAAAAGAAGAAAAAGAACCAUUUCCAGCCGGAGACAAAAGGCCUCACGGUUGCUGCUGCUCCUCUAGCACUGAGCAUGGACAGCCUGGCUGAGGCCCCCAAGAAGCAAACUCUGCAGGCCUGCGAGGAUGAGCCUGGAGCAGAGGCUGCAUCCCUCACCCAGGAUGAGAGUGGUUCAGAGCCUCUCCACACCACCCCCACGCACAGUAAGAGGAAGCGACCAAAGAAGAAGAGCCUGCGGGCUCUUCACAGAGAGGCCUGCGAACCCACUGCCUCACCUGUGGAGGGCACAUCUCCGAGCUCUGAGGGUGGCCCAAGCUGUAAGCUUCAGAGUCCUGCUGCCCAAGGCGCCCUGAAAAAUGGCACCCAGGUUCUGAAAAGGAAGCGUAAACUUGGAGCACUCCCUGUCAACGGCACAGGCCUGCCCAAUGUGUCCUGGCCUUCCAUGCAGAAGGCCAGCCCAGGGCAGGGAGAAGAUGGCCAGGUCCCCCCACCUCAGUUCAAGGGGCCACAGAAGAAAAAGGCAGAAUGCAGCAGCCUCAUCCUCCACAGCCUGUCCAGUCAGAAAACAGCCAUGCUGAAAAAAAGGAAGAAAAUAAAAGAGAUGUCAACUUUCUUAGAGCACAAUGGAGUGAUGGAGUCCAAAGUCAAGAAGAUCCAAGCUCUGGGAAGCAGCAGGGCUUUGGAUCAUUUGAAGAAGAAGCCGCUGAGGACAGAGAAUGACUUUGUGAAGUUCGAGGUCUCCUGCUUACCAAAGCCCCUGUUCUUCAGAAAAAUGAAGAACAGCUCUGCCACUUGGUCCCCAAGUCCUGCUGUCCAGGAAUGCACGCCACAGCGCACCCUCCCUGGGCUGAGCAAAACACCCACCAGCUCCAAGAAAGUCACCUUCGGACUGAACAGAAACAUGACAACAGAAUUUAAGAAGACAGACAAGAGCAUCCUGGUCAGCCCCACUGGCCCUGCCCGGGUAGCCUUUGACCCUGAGCAAAGACCCAUCCAUGGAGUGUUGAAGACCCCAACCAGCUCACCUACCAUCACCCCUCUGGUCACCAAGAUGCCACUGGCUGCCACACCAAAGAGGAGGCCCAGGGCUGCAGACUUCUUCUGAGACUGGCAGAGGUCCCUUUUGAAGGACUGAUUUUGUACGAAAUAUUCUAUAAAUUAUAACUUUAAAGA